UUUUUGAACUUUAUAUAAUACGGAGUAUACAAUACACUGGUAUGGACAACUGUUCAUUAUAAAAGCAAAGUUACUUCAUCAUUAUGUUCCAUUAUAAAAGCAAAGUUAGUGUUCAUCAUUCUGUCUGCCACAUCUUAGUGGUUAAAGUGGCUCAAUCAAACUCUUCCCUUCCCAACAAUCUUUACUGGCCAGUGGGGACCUGUUUCAGGAUAUUUAUGCAAAAGUAGACUUUUUGUUCAUAUGAAAACUAAUGAAAAGACACAAAGAAAAUCAAUAAUGGAACCUUGAAUCAAUUAUUGAACUUUUCACUGUGCCUUUCAUAAUUCCCAAUACAUCAGCUACAGCUACUUAAGCACUUGCUACCAUUGCAUUCUACUCACAGUUCUUCCUGUUUACUUCAACACUCCAAAAUUCAAUCUUCUUAUUUUUCAUCUCUUUCAUUGCUGAAAAAAUGGCUGAGGCCUUGCUUGGAUUUGUGUUAGAGAAUUUGUCAUCUCUGCUUCAGGAUGAACUUUCCACCGUUUUCGGAAUCAAGUCAAAGGCUGAAAAGCUAUCAACCACCUUAGAUCUCAUCAAGGCUGUCCUUGAAGAUGCUGAGCAGAAACAAGUCACUGACCGCUCUGUUAAGGUAUGGCUGCAACAACUCAAAGAUGCUGUAUAUGUGCUUGAUGAUAUCCUUGAUGAAUGUUCCAUUCGAUCUACCCGGCUGAGGGGUAUCAACUUAAAGAAUUUACUUUUUCGUCGUGACAUAGGCAAGAGGUUGAAAGAAAUUACAAGGAGAUUAGACGAUCUUGCUGAUAGUAAAAGCAAAUUUAUUCCUCGAGAGGGUAUUAAUAUUAGGGAAAGCUCAAUUGAAGUACCUGAAUGGCGCCAAACCAGCUCUUUUAUUGCCGAACCUAAAGUUUUUGGACGAGAAGAUGAUAAAGAAAAGAUUGUUGAGCUUCUUCUCACCCAAGCGAAGGACUCUGACUCUCUUUCCAUCUAUCCCAUUGUUGGCUUAGGCGGUGUUGGAAAAACAACUCUUGCUCAGUUGGUCUACAAUGAUGUUAGGGUGACUGUCAAUUUUAAUACAAAAAUUUGGGUUUGCGUUUCUGAGGCAUUUUCGGUCAAGAGGAUUCUAUGUUCCAUUAUAGAAUCUAUCACAUCUGAGAAGUGUGAUUCUUUAUCUUUAGAUGCAAUACAACUAAAGGUGCAAGGUUUGUUGCAAGGUAAAAGAUACUUUCUAAUUUUAGAUGAUGUAUGGAACAAAACUCAACAAAUAGAGUCUGGAUUAAGCCAAGAGAAAUGGAAUAAGUUGAAAUCUGUGUUGUUGUGUGGAUCUAGAGGUUCUUCCAUUUUAGUUUCCACUCGAGAUGAGGAUGUUGCGGAAAUUGUGAGAACAUGCCAAACUUAUCAUUUGUCUGGUCUCCCAGAAAAUGAAUGUUGGUUGUUGUUCAAACAAUAUGCAUUUGGACACAACAGAGAAGAACGCACAGAACUUGUGGCAAUAGGUAAGGAGAUAGUAAAGAAAUGCGGUGGAUUGCCUCUUGCGGCACAAGCAUUGGGAGGUCUGAUGCGAUCUAGGAGGGGAGAAAAAGAAUGGCUUGAAGUAAAAGAGAGCAGAAUUUGGGAUUUAACACAUGAGAAUUCAAUCUUGCCUGCCUUGAGGUUGAGCUACUUUCAUUUAACUCCGACCUUAAAGCAGUGUUUUUCUUUUUGUGCGAUAUUUCCCAAAGAUAGCAUAAUCAUGAAAGAAGAACUGAUUCAACUUUGGUUGGCUAAUGGAUUUAUUUCGUCUAGAGAAAAUUUGGAGGUCGAAGAUGUUGGCAACAUGAUUUGGAAUGAAUUGUGCCAAAAAUCAUUCUUUCAAGAGAUCAAGAUUGAUACAUAUUCUGAAGACAUUUCUUUUAAGAUGCAUGAUCUUGUCCACGAUCUUGCUCAGUCGAUAAUGGGGCAAGAAUGUGUGAUUUUAGAGGAUGAGAAGACUAAAUUGUCCGAAAGUACCCAUCAUAUUAGCUUUCACUUUGGUCCCAAUUUAUCGGUGGAUGAGAGUGCUUUGAAAAAAUUAGAGUCCCUACGCACAAUGUUUGAGUUGAAUCGUUGUCCAUAUUCAUGGGGCCUUUCCCAUUCCUUACAAACUGAUCACUUCCCAUUCCCCACAAACUAUUCUCUUCGGGUUUUACGCAUUUCCCCAUUCCAGGUAUUAUCACUCGGAAACUUAAUUCAUUUAAGGUAUUUGGAACUUUAUGGUUGUGACAUUCAAAACAUCCCUAAUUCGAUUUACAACUUACGUAAAUUGGAAAUCUUGAAAUUAAAAAGUCUUGCAAAACUGAGAUGUCUACCGAAGCGUUUGGCUUGUUUACAAUAUCUUAGGCAUCUUGUCGUCGAACGUUGUGAUUCACUUUCUCAAUUGUUUCCCGACGUUGGGAAAUUAACUUUCCUAAGAACAUUAAGUGUAUACAUCGUUAGUUUAAAGAGAGGACAAAGCUUGACAGAACUACGUGAUCUAAACCUUGGAGGGAAACUGAAUAUCAAAGGGUUAAAAGAUGUUGGUAGUUUAUCUCAUGCUCAAGAUGCCAAUUUGACAGCUAAAAAAGAACUCCAGAAAGUAUGCAUGUCAUGGAGCAUCAAUGAUGAAAUCACCGAGACCCCGAGUUUUAGUUCCGAGCAAGUACUAGAAAGGCUUCAACCUCACACAAAUCUCAAAAGCUUGAAGAUACGUUACUAUAACGGAUUAUGUUUCCCAAGUUGGAUCCAAACUCUAACUAGUUUAGUUUCUUUGGAACUUAAGGGUUGCAACAAGUGUGUGCGACUUUCACCACUUGGGAAACUACCAUCUCUUAAGAAACUGAAACUAUGUGAUAUGAAUAAUGUGAAAUAUGUGGAUGAUAAUGAUGAUGAUGGUGACGAAUCUCACAACAGUAUGGACGUGAAGAUUUUCCCAUCUCUUGAGGAACUCAUAUUAUUCAGAUUACCAAGAUUGGAGAGGUUGUUGAAAGUGGAAAGAAGGGAGAUGUUUCCUUGUCUUUCUUUUUUAAGAAUUUCCUUUUGCCCUCAACUUAGAUUGCCAUGUCUUCCAUAUGUUAAAGACCUUCAUGUAUAUGGGUGUAACAAUGAGUUACUGAGUUCAAUCUCUAGCUUCUAUGGUCUUACUACCCUUUACCUUUGUAUAGGUAGUGGAAUAACAUCCUUUCCAGAGGGGAUGUUCAGAAAGCUUACUUGUCUUGAAUCUCUAAAUGUACAGUAUUUUGAGAACUUGAAGGAGUUACCAAAUGAACCCUUUAACCUUGCUUUGGAAUAUCUGGAAAUCAUUGGGUGCAUUGAGCUUGAGUCUUUACCAGAAAAAAUUUGGGAAGGUCUGCAAUCCCUUCAAACCUUAGAGAUUCAUUAUUGUAAAGAAUUGAGAUGCCUGCCGGAGGGUAUUCGACACCUCACUUCUCUAGAGGUUCUGAAAAUUUAUGGCUGCCCAACAUUAGAGGAGCGAUGCAAGAAGGAAACAGGGGAGGACUGGAACAAGAUUGCGCAUAUUCCACGAAUAAUUAUUCCCUGCCCCUCGUUAUAUCCCCCUCCAAAUUGGAUGGGUAUGAAUGAAAUAAUAUAAAAAAAUGUUGGAAACAGGGGAUAUUGUUUUGUUUUCUUUCGAAAAUGUUUUGUUUGAGUGACGUCAAAUUGGAUAUAAGAAAGGGGUGGGUGGGGUAGCUCAGUUGGCACUUGCUGACUGAGCGGGUGUAGGCUGUUGGUCCAGGGUUCAAUCCGUGGCAGCAGCAAUGUAGUAUUUUCUUUGUAAACAAGUUGGUGGUACUUAUAAACCAUCAACUUUAAAAAAAAAAAAAAAAAUUGGAUAUAAGAAGGAUACAUGCUUUGUUUGUUACUUUGUUAAAUCCUUUUGAAAAUAUUUUGUUUCAGGGACUUCAAAUGUUUGAAUCUUAAGUGAAAUUUGUAAAUUUUUCAAAUAUUAAUAUAACAUAUUUAUAUUUAUUCUUUGUUAUGGUGUCUUAAUUUCUUUUUAUAUUUUAAACCUUUGAUAACAAUAUUUUAUUAAAUGUAAGUUCGGUCAAGGAUUUACAAAGGCAUCCCCUCUCCUAGUUUCUUUUCAUUAUCGUAACAAAAGGUUUAGACGGGUUCAUGAAAAAUGUGGUUUCUCAAGUAAUUUUUCAACCUUCCGCUUUUUUGAAUAAUCUCAAUUUUAAUCUCCAAUAAUUUGUAGAUGACACAAUCAUUCUUGGUCAAUCUUGCUGGGAAAAUAUCUGGACGCUCAAAGUGAUUUUGCGCUUCAGAAUAUCUCCAAUAGUUUUAGGCUUAAGAAUAACCUUUCACAAAAGUAGGAUUUUGGGCUUCAACAUCGAUCCAGCUUUCUUGGAGACUGCUUCGGACUUUCUAGCUCGUUCAAUUUCACACCUUCCUCUAAUUUUUUUGACAAUUCUCUUAGGCGUCAAUCCUAUAAGCCAUAAUUCAUGGCUUCUGAUUCUUGAUAAAUUUAGAUGUCGUUUUUCAAGUUGGAAAUAGCAAGUUCAUCUCCUAUGAAAGGCAAAUCGUUCUUUUAAAUACAGUUCUUAACUUCAUUCCACUAUAUUUCUUUUUUUCUACAAAGCUCGAAAGGUGGUGAUUGAUGAAUUAAUCAAGAUUCAAAGAGCUUUUCUUUGGAAAGGUGAGGAAAGUAAGAGGUAGAUCAAUUGAGUAUCCUGGUCUUUCGUGUGUAACUCUAAAGCUGAUGGGGGAUUGGGAAUAAAGCACUGUGGGUUUUUUAGUGUAGCUCUGGUCAACAAGUAGAUUUAGAAAAUUGUGAAUAAACAAGAUUUACAUUGGGUUCAUGUUUUAUCUUUUUUAAGUACGAUGAUAUAAUAAGUCAAUUUCUCGACACUUCUAUUCCCACGUCUAAUUAUUCUUCACUGUGGUGGCGAGAUAUAAGAGAUAUUAUGACUACAACGGGUUCAAAUUAUGGUUGCUUUGAAAACAACAUCUGUUGCAAACUGGGUGCAAGUUGGGACAUUACUUUUUGAGGUCGAGAGGGAUAGGUCAUCAACCACUCAAAUUAAGUUUUCCAACUCUAUUUGACCAUUGGUGUGAACAAAAUGUGAUUGUUUGUAUUGUAGGUUUUUUAUCUGAU